AUGCCUUCACAGUCGUCGUGGCUCGAACUCCCCGAAGCGCUCACAGCUCUCCUCGUGCCUCUGCCUUACGUCUUCGCAUCGCUUGCUUACUUCAAUGCUGUAUCCCAGCAUCGCAAGUUACCUACCAGUCUGGCGGACACGAUGGUCGAUUCUAUCCCGUCCCCAAAAGACACCAAUGGUGGACAGCUGCUGCACGCUUGUACUCUUUCGUCGGCAACGCUGCUGCUUGUGGGCAUCAUAUCGAAGUUUCGUCUGACGACAGACGAGCCACUAGACAGGCGGAAGGCAUACAAUACUGCAGGCAAAUCCGAUAAGCCCAAAUACCAUGGCCCAACCUUGUUGUGGCGUGGUUUAUUACACGGCUUAGGCAUUUUGCUGCCCUUCUAUGCUACUAUGCAAUUAGGAGGUGCAAUGACGGCCCUCAUUCUCCUAGCAACUUUUACAGCAGGUUUGGGUGGUCUUGAUCAAAAGCCAGGAAAGCAAUCAGCGUGGGAGAACACGAAGCGAACCUUGCGGACAAGGACAGCAACGUACAGCACUCUUUUACUCGCAGUGCUUGUGCAUAGUUUCACCUCUACAGAUACGCCCGGAGUAGUACUGGGUUUUAUUGCGCUGACCAUGUCCAUAUCUGCCGUUCCGCCACCUCUCCCCACCACGGCAUGGUCCUUGGACACAUCGCAAACCCAAAAUGGUUGGAAUACGCAGACAUUGACCCGGGCAACUUUACCGAAACCAUCGUCUCCUCUUGUCAGCACCACACUAGAAGCUGACCUAACUCUCGCAACCGGUCUGGUCUUGACUUGCUUCACUGUUAUCUUUGCGCAAUUCUCCUCGGCUGCACCUUCUUUGUCCCAUUAUGCACUUGUGUUUUCAACCCUUUCAAUUGCAUCAGCCACUGCAGCAGUAUAUCUUGCAUCUCCCAGCGCUUUGCGCAGCCCCAGAAAGAUUGGCUUAGCGAUUGGCGGCCUGCUUUCGACAUGUUUUGCGCAGUUUGAGCAUCAAGCCUGGUACACCUUCGUUAUCUUCAUUAUCGUUCUUGGAGCAGUCGCUUUCGACACACGGGCAUCAGCUCCUUCUCAGACGUCAUCACACGACCACUCGCACGCGAAUCAUCGGCAUCCACACUCGCAUGAUCACGAUCAUCACCUUCAUGGCAACCAUUCCAGGAUAUCGGCUUUCAUCAUCGCACGCUGCGCCCCAGGCUCCAUCAUCCAUAGCGUGAUGAUUGAGAAGGACUCACGACGCAUUGCGUAUUUUGGAGUACUUAACCUAUCGUUCAUGAUGGUUCAAUUCUUCUACGGUUAUGUUAGUGGAUCGCUGGGCCUACUCACGGACAGCAUUCAUAUGCUUUUCGACUGCGCUGGUCUUGCGGUCGGCUUGGCAGCUGCAGUGAUGAGUAAAUGGCGUCCAAACGCCGCCUUUCCAUACGGCUACGGAAAAGUUGACACACUUUCCGGAUUUGCUAAUGGCGUGUUCCUCUUGCUAGUCAGUGUGGAGAUCAUUUUUGAUGCGUUUGAAAGGCUAUGGGAAGGCCAUGAGCUGCACAGGCUCAACGAGCUACUCAUCGUCAGUGUGCUUGGCUUCUUGGUGAACAUCGUGGGUUUAACAGCUUUCGGGCAUGCCCAUCACGGUCAUGGGCAUGAUCACGGCCACGAUCAUGGAGACCACGGACACUCUCAUUCCCACGAUAACGAAAACAUGCAGGGCAUCUUCUUGCACAUUCUUGCCGACGCUCUAGGUUCCGUCGCUGUUAUCAUUUCGACCCUUUUGACCAAGUAUUACGGCUGGUCUGGCUGGGACCCCAUCGCAUCAUGCAUCAUCGCAAUUCUCAUUUUCCUUUCCGCUAUCCCCCUCGUUAAGAGCGCUGGCAUGCGAUUGAUGCUCUCUUUGCCUGCAGAUGUCGAAUACGGUAUUCGCAACACAUUGCAGGAGCUCAGCUCUUUGAGAGGCGUGGUAGGCUAUGCUGUGCCGAAGUUCUGGAUCGAGGACGAGGGCGCGGCGCACGCUGAAGUGCACGCUCACGAGCAUGAGAAAUGCGAUCACGAUCAUGGAAACGGGCAUGCCCACUCGCACGGACACGAUCACGAUCACGAUCAUGAUCAUUCAGACCACCACGACCACACUCACGAUCACGAUCACGAGCACGAGCACGAUCAUGACCAUGACCAUGCGCCUCGCGGACAAAGGAUCCUGGGUGCUAUCCACAUCAUCGCUGCACGGGCUGCUGAUGUUGAAGAUGUUCGGGAACGUACAGAACAGUUUCUUAAAGGCAAAGGCAUGCAUGUGGUGUUGCAUGUUGAGCGGGAGGGCGAAGGCAACUGCUGGUGCGGUGGCGGCAACAAGUCGAAUUGA